CACCGCAGGCACUCUAUAAAAUAUUGCGUGUACCGUCUAAUGGCUCAUUCGUCCGUUGCAUGUUCCACAGGAAUACUCGAGUUCUCAUCGAAUUUUAAAGACAGUCAGUAAUUGUAAAUGUGAUUGUACGUUCGCAGGAAUGUGUGAUGAAAUGGCUGGAGAGACACCAUCAUGGAUGAACCUCGAGUUUGUGGAGAAAAUCAUGCGGAAGUCAAAGAACGACGAUUCGAUCCAUGUGCUAAAUGUAUUUAUAAAACCGGCUACGGCUAAAGGUGACAAUUAUACCAGCGAUAUGUACAGAGUUUCAGUUGAAAUUUCAUCCAAACGUGGCAAUCAAGAAGUUACAAAAAAGAAAUCUCUCAUUAUUAAAGUCGCACCUACAGGGGAAAAUAUAAAGAGAGAAUUGAUUGAAAAAUCGAAGAUCUUCGAUACGGAAAUAUUGAUGAUGAUGGACACGUUGAAGAAGAUGAGUAACUUACUUGAACCAGCCCAUCGUAUCAAUGCACGAAUUUUCUAUGUUCAGAAAGAAUAUCCAGUGUUUCUAGUGAUAGAAGACCUUGCUACUCUUGGAUUUCGCAUGGCUGAUCGUCAAGCUGGUCUUGAUCUACCUCAUUGUUUGUUGGCGAUGCGAGGAUUAGCUAGAUUUCAUGCGAGUAGCGUUGCCAUAUGCGAGAAGGAGCCGAAUCAAAAAAAGAUUUAUAUCAGAGGAAUAUUCUCCAGCGAACAUCCUCCUGAAUUGACGAGUUUCUUUACUCUUGGAACAAAAUCUUUAGGCAGGGAAAUACGAAAAUGGCCGGAUCUUGAAAAAUACGCCGAGAAAAUCGAUAAAUUAGCGGAAAAGAUUUACGAUAAGGCUGCGGAGAUAUCGAAGUGCCGGCCGGACGAAUUCAACGUUAUAAAUCAUGGCGACUUCUGGGUGAACAAUAUGAUGUUUCGUUACAACGAGGAGGGAAAACCGAUCGAUCAUAUCUUUGUGGAUUUUCAAAUGUGUAUCUAUGGAUCACCGGCGAACGAUUUGCAAUACUUCCUUAGCACCAGUGUGGACAAUGAUGUAUACGAAAACAACAAGGACAUGCUUCUAGAGGAAUAUCUUUGUACAUUGUCUAGCAUGAUGAAACAGUUCGAUUGCAAGACCGUCCCACCGAACAUGGAGAACCUUCAGAAGGCUCUAAAGGAACGUGAGUUCCUUGCUAUGACAAGUUCUUUUACAAUUCUCCCAUUGGUCCUCUUAGACAAGAACGAGGCAAAGGAUCUCGAAGAGAUCAUGGGCAAGGAGGGCAACGAAUACAAUAGUUCCGCUUGCGAGAACGAGAUUUAUCGCAAAGUGAUAAGCAAGAGGAUUCCUAUUUACGAUCAGCUGGGAUUGAUGGACAUUUAACAAAUUUCUGUCAAUCUAUUUUAGGCGAUAGCUAUCCGGUGCUUUUGAACAUGAAUGAUUCUGAUAGAGAUUUCUGACAAUGAUUCGUGUAUCGGUGUGUCGAUCAAAUCAUUAAUAAGAGAUCGAUAGAUCGUUAAAGUUACAAACAAAUGUUGAAUAAACUUGAGAGAGCACAAGGAAGUCGAGAUAUUGACAGAAUAAAUGAACGAUAGCAAAUCGAAGAAUUUCAUGUACGAUAAUAAAUUUAAUAGGAAUUGUUGAUCUAGAAAUUGCACAUGUUUUAGUUUUUGUAAUAUGUAGAGUAAUGAGUUACACGAUAGAAAAAUGUUUCAUAUAUUGUAAAUGAAGAGCGAAAAGAACGAAGUAUUUUUACAAAAAAAAAAAAAAAGGAAAAGAAAUAACCGUUGUUUAGAUGCUUUUGCGUGCGUAGUAUUGUAAAAAAUAAUACCAAACGACAUAGCGAAUUUUAAAGAGGCUAAUUGGAAUGAAAAAUUGUACGAAGCAUGAUAUUGGUGAAUAAAAAAACCAACGAAUAAAAGUAAAAAAAAAA